AUGCAAUAUAAUGAAUCUUUCCUCAAACAAUUUCUUGAUGCUCUGGCCACCGCAGAGGAUAAUCAACGGAGCCUAUCUGCUGCAUCGGGCAAGGUAGAUAGGGGUUUGGAUGCUACUGCUCAAGCCUUCCCGUCUUCUUAUUCCCCUUCUCGCGUUUUUUCACCCUUAUCGUCCCGUUACAACUUUACUUAUAUCUCCCCUGUUUUCAACCCCCCAAUUCUCGGCCCUCCCCCACCUUGCUUCAAUAGUCGCUUGUCUUUUAGUUUCAACUCACAUGUGAACGCGGAGCGUCAUUCCUGCACUGUCAACAGGCCCAUGUCCAAGCAAGCGGUCAAGCCCAGUUCAUCGGCUUCCGUUUGGAGCCUUCGAUCCUCCUUCAGAUUGGCAUGCGUUAAUGGACCCACACUGCUACAGAUCAGUCAACAGGCAGCACUUACCCGAACAUUAGAGACCAAUCGAUCGAUAUCUGCUGCUUAUCGGAGACCCGCCUGCAAGACGCGAGCUCUGUACUCACUCUGCGAUCCCCUUCAGGUGAAACUAGCAGCACUUUCUCAUUGCGCCUAUCCGGUGACGAUGCAGCUUCGAGCACCGGUCAAGCUGGUGUUGGUAUUGCCCUGA